AUGUUUUUAAUCUAAAUAUGCUUAAUUACAACACUACUUUUAAAGAAUUCAAUCUAAACUAAUCGAAUCCGUAGUCAUCCAAAUUAAACAUAUAUGAUAGAUGAGGAAUCUUUGCAAUUUCAAUUUUCUACAUAAGAGGCUCAUGUGAAAUUACUAAGGUUAAUUAGAAAUUGAAUUUUAUAGCAAUCCUGCAAUAUAUGACAUUACCAUUUAUAGAAAUGAUUCGAAUUUAUUAGGUACAUAAAUUGAAACACCUUUCCUUAGUUUAGACAAUCAAUAUUUAGAUGAUUAACAAUUAGAAAAUGGUGUUUUUUUAUAUUUAUAUCCUUAGAUUGUAUCGGUUUGCCUAAACAUCCUAAAUUGACUGAAAUAUUCAAUGUAAAUUUAUUAGAUAAUACUGAAGAUGUUUAUUAUACAGAUAUUUUAAUUUUAGGAUAAUAAUAAAAGUAAGAGUUUUGUUUGAUUAAGAAUAUUUUUAUUGACAGAUCAAUUAGAAUUAAAGCAGGCCAUUCUACAAUAUAAUUAAUCUUCAAUUCCUCAAUGGAAUAUAUAAAUAAAGAACUUUUCUUACUCUCUCUCAAAUCUGAUUUAAUAACAAAUAAAUUACACUAAUGCUUUUUUUGGUUGCUUUGAUAUAGAUAAAGAUCGUUGUUUGAUACUCUCUAAUUAUGGAGGAUUUUGGUUAAAUACCAAUACAGAAUUAGAAAGUCCCAAUUUAAAUUUAGAACCAGUGAUAAAAUAAAGCUAAGAUCUAAAUAAAAUCAGUCUUUGUGAAGAAUAUCUUGCUAUUGCAAAUGGAAUUAAUGGUGCUGAUCUCUAUUAAUAUAUAAAUAAGCAACUUAUAUUUUUAGCUACAAUAACGGCUUAAUAAUUAAAUUAAACAACAGUAAAUAUUAUAUCUGUAAAAUUAUCUAAACAAAGAUUAAGCAUAUUAGAUGAACAUACAGGAUUAUAUAUUUUUUAAAUAUUAAAUGGAUAAGCAUCUUUUUAUAUAACAAUACCAUAAUCAAGAUGUGUAGCAUUUGAUCACUAUGAUAAUACUUAUUUAAUUGUAGCUGAAACUCCUAAUAAUAUAGAAUACAUGAUGGAAAUAUUCUUAUUACCUGAUUCAAAAGAGUAUUAUACUAAUAGAAUAUAUGUUGAUGACUUCUCUUUUAGAGAUAUUGAGAUAGAUGAAGAUUAUGCAAUAAUCAUUGGAGAAGAUGUUCAUUUGGUUAUAAGACAUUCCAUUUUUAAUGGUUUUAUGAAAAAUAAUACAGAUUUAGUAAAAACAUUUUUUGAAGAUGAAUUAAUUAGAUUUUAAUAUUUUGAAAUGAAUGAAACUAUUAAGACAUAAUUUAUGGAAACUUCCUAUUAUAUAGGACUAUCUAAAGGAUCUUUACAUAUAUGGAAAUUUAAUGAUUAUUUUCCAGUUAUUAUUUGUAAAUUCUAAUAUGGAAAAGAAUAGAAUUAUACAAUUAAAGCUAAUACUUCAUAAUGUCAAUCACACAACAAUACAGAUUUAUUUGAAUAAUGUUAAAUCACUUAGUAAUUAUCUAUCUAAGCAUCAGGUCCUCUUCUAGAAUCUGAUUCAAAUUAUUUAAUUAUUGGAGUCUGUGUUUCAGUAGCAGUAUAUAUUUAUAUUUAUAUUAGAUUGUUCUUAUUAUGAUAGUUUUCAUUUUAUGCCGAAAGGGUAGAGCUUUAGCUAAGCGCAUAUAAGAACUAAAAUAAUAAGCUGAAGAAAUGAAAAAAUAUGGAGCAUUCUAAGAAUAAGAAUAAUAAUCUGCUGAAAAUUGA